UUCUCCCCAUGGCACAAUAACGAGAGGAGGAAGAGAAGAAGAAGUCUGCGGCAUUAGUUAAAGAAGAAGGAGACAUAGGAGCGAUGGGGAGGAGGACGAGAGACGCGGAGGCGGAGCUGAACCUGCCGCCGGGGUUCCGAUUCCACCCCACCGACGAGGAGCUCGUCGUCCAUUACCUCUGCCGCAAGGCCGCGUGCCAGCGCUUGCCGGUGCCCAUCAUCGCCGAGGUCGAUCUCUACAAGUACGACCCCUGGGAGCUUCCAGAGAAGGCGUUGUUCGGGCAGAGGGAGUGGUACUUCUUCACCCCCAGGGACCGGAAGUACCCCAACGGCUCCCGGCCCAACAGGGCCGCCGGAAGCGGAUACUGGAAAGCCACGGGCGCCGACAAGCCCGUCUCGCCGCCGGGAAGCGCCCGCCCUCUCGCCAUCAAGAAGGCCUUGGUGUUCUACCACGGGAAGGCGCCUCGAGGCCUCAAGACCGACUGGAUCAUGCACGAGUACCGCCUCGCCGACACCAACCGCUCCCCCAACAGGAAGGGCAGCCUAAGACUAGACGACUGGGUGCUCUGCCGCUUGUACAACAAGAAGAACAGCUGGGAGAAAAAGAUGCAGGCGAAGGAGGAGGCGGCGAUGGAGACGUCGGAGAUCAACGAGGACGCCGGAUCGGAUAGUUUGCGCACACCGGAAUCCGACAUCGAGCACGCCGGAUUCCCGGAGCUGGAUGAUCUGGUGCGACAAGGAUGCCAUCCCUUCCACACCUUGGAAAAGCUCAAGGAGGAGAGCGAUUGGUUCGUGGACUUGAAUCUGGAGGAGUUGCAGAAUCCUUUUGCCGGGAUCGCAUCUCUGCCCGUGGUCGAUGUGGUGAACCAAGAGUGCUGCUUCUUCCCAUCUAUGGGAUCUCCGUAUCUCAAGACCACCCAAAUCAUGCCACCAUUCAGGCAGCGCCACACUUCGCUCCUUGAGAUUUCAAUCUCUUCCCCGCUUCCCUUGGCUUCGUCUCCUUCAGUGACGAUGUCGGAUCCUGCGUCGCUCCCGCCCGGCUUCCGGUUCCACCCCACCGACGAAGAGCUCAUUCUGCACUACCUGCGGAACCAGGCAUCUUCUCUGCCAUGUCCCGUGUCCAUCAUCGCCGAGGUGGACAUCUACAAGUUCGACCCUUGGGACCUACCUGCCAAAGCCAUGUUUGGGGAGCAGGAGUGGUACUUCUUCAGCCCGAGGGAUCGCAAGUACCCCAACGGGGUCCGGCCGAACCGCGCGGCCGCCUCCGGCUACUGGAAGGCGACCGGGACCGACAAGCCGAUCGACAGGAGCGGAGGGAACGAGCAUAUCGGAGUGAAGAAGGCGUUGGUCUUCUACAAGGGACGGCCUCCGAGAGGGAGGAAGACCAACUGGAUCAUGCACGAGUACCGCCUCGCAGAAGCUCACCAUGGCAACACCUACAAGCCCAUGAAGUUUAAGAACGCCUCCAUGAGGUUGGAUGACUGGGUGCUCUGCCGCAUCUACAAGAAGAACCACAAUCUCCAAUCGGUGCCGCCACUGGUGGAUCAAGAACAAGAAGACUCCGGUUCCGGGGACAUCUACCUAUCGAGCUUUCGCAGCACGGAGCAACCCAGCGGUCUUCGGCUGCAGAAAUCCUUCUCCGUGUCAGAUUUCCUGGAGAACUACUCUGCCCCGCCGUCGCACCUGUUCGAUAACCUACCGGAGAUGCAGGGAUCCGAGCUUGCCCUGCUCAUGGCCCAACCGAGCACGAAUCAACUCAAAACUGAUAACAGCAACUGCAGCAAUGACAAUUACACGUUCGCUCCGUAUAAAAUCCGAGAAGAAUCCGCUGCUCCCGUUGCUGCCAACCCUACAAAGCGCCAGCGGACGACGGAGUCCUACCUAGACGGCAUGAACGAUCUCCUUCACCCACGGAAGAAGCCCAGCAGUGACGCAACCAUCUACACCACCGAGUUCUCCGACCAGUUCGACGACACUCAGUGCAACUUGCUCAACCAGCGCUUCUUCAAUCAGCAAAUACUGCUGAACCCUCAGCUGGGAUUACAUUGACGCAUCGAUCGUAAUCGGACAAGUGGUAGAAGAAUAAAGGAAACGGAAAAGGACAAAAGUAGCAUAAAAGAGAUCAAAUGGGUACUGAAACGCCAUUUUUGCCCCCCUCAAGAAGCUUUCUCUCGCUUCAGCAGAGCGGUCAUGCAUGAUGAUGUAGUAGUAGUUUCAGGAGAUCACACUUAGUCAAAUACGAUUAUUGAAGA